GAGUGAGUCGUGCUGUCUAGUGCCGAGUUCCUGCUACGUCUAUUGCUGUUGUGCUUCCUCGGGGAGUGCUGUGGUUCAGUCCCGCCGUUAUGGCGAUGUUACUGGAGCACCAGUUUAAACAGCUCCCGGCGGACAAGCAGAUCGACACCAGGGCUUUCCUAGAAAGUGUCUCCUACCUGCCGCCCUUUUUCGAUUGCCUUGGCUCAACAGUGUUUUCACCAAUCAAAGCAGAUAUAGUGGGCAACAUCAAUAAAAUUAAGACUGUGUUUGAGACAAACCCCACAAAAUUCAAGACAUUGCAACUGAUUCUGGAAGGUGAAAAGGAGCAGUAUGGCACAACCUGGCCAAAGGUUGGAGCUACGCUGGCACUUAUGUGGCUAAAAAGGGGUUUGAAAUUCAUACAGGUUAUGCUGCAGAGUAUUGCAGAUGGGGAACGUGAUGAUGCACAUGCAAAUCUCAUCAGAGUCAAUGCAACAAAAGCAUAUGAACUAGCUCUAAAGAAGUACCAUGGCUGGAUUGGACAAAGGGUCUUUUCUGUCGCAGUUUACGCAGCCCCAUACAAAUCAGACUUUCUGAAAGCGCUGUCAAAGGGCAGAGAGGUUAAAGAAGAAGAAUGUGUUGAAAAGAUUAGACAGUUUUUGGUCAACUUUACAGUGACUAUUGAUGCUAUCUAUGAGAUGUAUACAAAGAUGAAUGCAGAGUUGGAUUACAAAGUUUAACACUGACUAUCUCUAUUUUUGUCCUUUUUUCCUGUUUUACUCCUCUCAGCAAUGUACUCUGUGAUAUUGAUAACUUGAGUUGCUGUUUGCAGGGUGAUCAUUAACUAGCAGUAAUUGGUGUGGAAGGAACACUGACUAUGUGGAGUUGAUCCAUGUGAAAAUUGCUAUGUACUCCCUUCUUGUUAGUGCUACAAUAACAUUGAAUUAACAGAGCAGUUUUGUCCCAAUGCUCCUCUUGCACUAUUUGAUGGAAUAAUGCAGAAUAUAUUAUUUUCUAAAUUUCAUACUAGUUGAUACAAAAUGGGCAUUUUAUAGGGUCACCCAAAUGCAUUUAUGGCAUUUUACAUAGCACAACCUUUGACCAUUUAUUAAAAUGUUGAAGUAAAUGUGAAGAUGUGUUAAUCUUUUCAAUCUUAAGUAGGUAGUGUGGUCUUUAUAUAGUUUUGGGUAAACCAUUUCUGUUUUUUAAAAAGAAUCUACAUCCUUGAUCUGUUUUGAAACAUUUAAUGGAUAGUGUGUUUGCUAAAGCUGAUUCUAGAUGAACUGACAAUUUUGUGGUCAAAUUUUGAUGCACUGAAUCAAUGGGCUUCACUGUUUUUAUUCCCCCCCUCAAGUCCCACCCCAAUAAAUCUAUAAUGAUGCUGAACUGUGCUGGGUUGAAAAUGGCCAUUCUUUCUGUGAGGCAGUCAGAAGAAUUCUUGACUACAGAGGGAUGUCACACUUGAACCUAUGCAUAAGUUGCUGAAAUAAUGGUCUAGUUCAGUAGUUCUCACUUGCUUUCCCCCACUCUCGCCACCCCCCCCCCCAAAAUUCAAGUUAUGGAAGCUGAUGUAGGCUUAAACAAUGGUCUGCCAAAUAUUAACUAAUUUGGCAUAGAUCAAACCCUGUGUCCAGUUAAAGUUUAGUGCUUUUUUUUAAAAAGGGGCUGUAGUAUGUACAAUUCAAAGUCAUUCUAAACCUUGUUUGAUAUCCAAGUACAAAGCAUUCCUUUGCCUUGUUGGUAAUGGAUUUGAACUUGAGCAAUUAUAUUGUAGACUUGUUUGAGAAGUUCCUUUGAGUUUUUCCUAUCAUCUAUUGAGCCUGUUUCAUGAAACAACUUUGAUAUAGUAAGCUAAAAGCUGCCACUGAUUUAUUUGAAGUGGUUCUUAAACAUGAUGGGAGGGACUAAGUGCAGAAUAAGAUAAUUGGCAAAUUCUAGCUAAUGUUUGAUUGUAUGUAGUGAUUCUGUGCUGCUCUUUUCUACCUUCCUGAAGAGCUUCCAUUUUCUUUUAGUGGAACAUUUUUAUAUUUUGCUGCCAGAUUUUACAUCCUCUGGCAGCUGGUAUUCUUGAAUCUCUGAAAUGUGUGAUUUCUGCAGUGUUCAAACAACCAGAGAAGUUGAUUGGAGGCAAACUAAAAUGCCCUGUUUUAAAUGCAUUAAGAUUUUGUUCUUCAUCUGGUGACCUCUGAAUAAGUACUAGGAACAUGAUCUGAGUUCUUAACCUUAACUACCACUGCUCCCCCCCCACCACCACCACCCGCCCCCACUAGCACAGGCACACAGGUAACUUGUAAUAAAACUUGCAGUUUCCUGUACCCACUUAGGUGACAUUUGUUUUUUGACUUAAUUUUGUUUACUUCAACUUGUCACAUGGAUGAGUUGCUACCUGUGAUUUGUGGGUCCAAACAAAUCGAUUAUUUAGUCAUUCUUUGGUUCCUUGGCAGUGCUAACUUAAUCCUGAAUAUGACCAACUUUUUUUUUGAAGAAAUAGUGUAUUGUUCCAGCAAAAAUGUAAGAAGUAGAUUUUUGAAACUAAACAGCUUUUGUAUACAGCAGUGCUGUCUUUGAAUAUUUGGUGGCAGUAAUCAAUACUUCUGUAAUAUUACUCCCUGACGAGCACAAAAUUCACAAGAUUGUUUUCGACAUGUGCUAGGAAAGGUGGAAGCAACAAAAGGGAUAUUGAUCUGUUGUCAGAUGACAAAAUUGUGGUAAAUUAUGUUCUGAUUAAGUUUGUAUGUUAACUACCUCUUAGUUCCUGUACCACUUGAAGGAUGAGUAUAGUUGAUUGACAGUAGGUGUUUAGUUGUCACAUCAUAGUAGUGAUCAACACUUUAAAGAAGUGCCUUCUCCGUACUGCUUGUUAUGAGUUUGCUAAACCUGGGCACAAAGUCCACUUGUAGCAAUUGGAUACCAUGUUUUAAAUUGUACUAGAGCCUGUUAUUUAUACUACAGUUUGGGGAUGAAACAUUUAAGAAAUGAAGAUUUUUGAUUUGAAGUAGGAGAGAAGACUUCUAAUUUAAAAAUGCUGUUUUCUCUGCAUACUGCCUCAAGACUCAGUUGGUCAGUAAAUAUAGUUAAUGUUUAGUUUGUUUGUAAGGUGCUAUGUUACAGCUUUGAUGAAAUCCUCUCUAUUGGCUCUAAACCUGGAUCUUUUUCUUGUUGGCUGUUGCAAUUCACUUAUCUAGUAUGCUUUAAUAGUAUCCUUUUGUUUAAUCAAGUUUCUGUCUUUUGGAUUUGUUAAGGGAAUAGUGGGAUGAAAUAACUAACAUAUUUAGAAAAACCUCAUGUCAUUUUAUUUUUUUUUUUGAACCAUGGACCAUAACAUCUUUAAUCCUACAACUGUCACCUUCAAGAUUUUGCAAUUUAAGUUUUUUCACUUUUAUUACCUCAAUUGAACUUGCCUGCUUGUAGUCAGUACUACUGCUGCACUCCAUAUGAGCUGCUUUUGAUGACAUGGGGCCAGGAACUAAAAGGUGAAUUCGAGCUUCAGGACAACAAUGUAGGACUGGUGAGGCCUCAUUAGUUGCACUGUAAGUAAAUAGUGGGUAAUACUAUUAACUUGAUGUGCAAUAUUUUUGGCCAUUGUUUUGCAUAAAUUGAUAAAAGCCCAAACUGACCAGGAUGCCAGUAGACUGGGUAUUAUGUCCAUUAGGAUUUUUUAAACAGCAACCAUACUGUUGCCAUCUGUCAAGAUUUCUCAGCAGUCUAUGGAAGCCUAAUGAUCAGUGAUGUUAAAUUCUAUAGAGAGUAACACCUACAAAGCAGUUGGCAUCUGCUUGGGGAACAUGGCAGAUCAAUAUCAGACUGGAGAAUUGACAUGGUUCAUUCAUUAGAACUUUGCAGGUGUUCUCUUGGUGGAUCAAAUGUGAAAUUAAUUUUAAAUGUAAUCUGGGCUGAUAUUAAAGCAUUCAACAGGUUCCAGAGAUGUUGAUGUCCCAGAAGGAAGAGCAAUGGGACUUCGUCUGAGUCCAUUAUCUUGUUUUGAAUGCUGAUGAAUCUGCUGCACUUCAACAUUUUCUUCAGAACUUUAAGAAUCUCUAGCUUUCUUUUCAAUCUAGAAACCUUGUUUCCUCAACCCUCUUGCUUCACGUGCCUUCAGAUGCAUGGGUGUUAACACUCUUGUCCUAUGCAAGGACUUGGUCCAAGACCAAAUCCAUGGUGGCUUUUUUUUUGGGGGGGGGGGGGGGGGAUGGGAGGGAGAGAAGAGGGGGAGUUUUCCAAAAUUCAUGAGCCUGCUGGAAUACUCCCUUUUUAAAUGAUUUUAUAAUGUUGUAUUUGAAAUAUAUUUUUGUAAAAGGAUGCAGGCACUAAAUACAGGAUAUUCUCCAGGUUCUGUCAGUGAUUAUUUCCAGGUAAAUGUGGAGUGUUAAAUUUUCAGCAGUUAUGUUGGGAUGUUAUUGUGCAUGAACAAUGCAGAGCAUAUUGACCAUUGGGGUAUGGAUGAUGGGCCUGGUCUCAACUACCUCCAGAACAAAAUGUAUUUAAUCCUUUCCUUUUCUGGAGAUCCACAGUUAUCUUUCUGAAGUCUUCAGAGACUUCAGAGCAGAUGACUUCAGAGACUCUAAUCUCAUUGAAGGGAUUCAGAUCAUGAUUGUAAACUACUUGAGCUUAAUUCAUGUCACCCAAUGACAUAAUCAUCCUUUGCCUCUUUCCCCAUGUGAUGUCUCUUGUAAAAUUCCCAUGUGGUCCUCUUACUAAAUUGGGGAUGUACCAUUUGUUUUACUAUGGUAAUCGUUAUUGAGAAGCCAGAAACUGGAAAUAAGAUGACCACUGAAUUUGAGUGCACAUUUUGCUUUGGAGCAAAAGCCUUAAACCUUCAUGUUGGUCAACUCUUGUUUUUUCACUUUUUUUUGAAGUGAUUUGGAUUUUUUUGAGGGCACUUUAUGAACAAGAUUCAGUAAGUUUUAGUUUAUCUUUUUACAGCUUUCUGUUCCAUCUUGUAGACAAUGUUUAUAAAUUGUCCUGCUUAAAUGAAGGAUCCUUUUAUUUUGGAGAGUACUAAGUUCCACAUCAGGAUCCAGAAGUUGAAUUGCAUUUUCCUUGCAAUCUUUCUCAUUUCUUGGCCAGAUGUUUUCUAAUAUAGGUAUUUUAGUUGCCUUCAGUAGCAUGCUCAAAGGGACCCAAGUGUGGCCUAGAAUAGCUGCCAGGUUAUUUGGCUAUAAAGGGAAGUACAGUCUAACCUGAUCCUGUUCUCUCUAGUCAUUUAGGCAUAGAUCUGUUCCAGUAGGAUCUGCUUAUCAGGACUUGCAAUUCUGUUCUCUCAGAGCACCCUGAGAAAAGUCCUGCUAUUGUUGCAGGUAUGACCAAUGAACAAGUCUAGUUCCAUUUCAUUUUAUUCAUUCCAGUUCUAUGUGCAGACAAGUUUGGGAACUGGAACUUGGUGUUUGGUAUGACUGUUUAUGGUUUGAGUUACUUUUGUUUUAAACUAGACUGUAAUUAAUCUUUUUGAAGGAAUGCUGAUUUGAGAAACUUCCUCAGCUCAAAUCUUUAAAUGUAAAAUUUCUAUUUUAAAAAUCAUCUCCAGUCAGUUUGGUACAAAUGUUUUAACUACAAUAAAACUUUGAAACUAUUUUGUCAC